UUUUUUAUUUGUAAAUAGCAGUAAAUAGUAAUUUUAAAUCAUAUUCAAAAUUAAACACAAUUUUAAGUUUUUAAAAAGUAAGGCAUUUUCUUUACAAUUAAAUUCGUUAUCAAUAACUAGCUCAAAUACAUUUUGCUUAUGACAAAAAAUGACUUGUUCAAUGCUUUUGUAGAAAAAUGUGUAACAUAUGUCAUUAAUCAAGUAAUUUCGAAGCACUACAUUAAUAUUGAUAAUAAUAGUAUGCAGGAGCAGGGGGUGAAUCAAAAAAUAACCUUUUCGUUAUUAUUACGAUGUAUAGACUGAUUUGAUAUAAACAUAUUCAGUCGGAAGUGCUUAGUUUGAACAAGUAUUGAUUAAAUUUGUUUGAAAAACUUACUAAGAGUGAAACAUUCAAUUUUCCACCAAAAAGUUGUCUCAACUUUUACAUCUUUUACUAAGAAAAUAUACUAAUUUUUAUCUAGCAAAUACUUUUAUCAAUGAAAACAAAUAUUUCACUCAGAUAGCGAGAAAUUCACAAUUGUUAAUUGCACUUGAAGUGUGAACUACACUUGUUUGUUUAAUACUAAUAAACUUGCUAUUAUUUAACUUUUUUAUCAUUCAAGUACUAUGAGUCACUCAUUGGAAAUAAUUUAUUUAAUCACCCACCCGGUGCUUUUCAAUAUAAUUUCAUUUUCUGGCUGAACCUCGAUCAUUACUUUGAAUACUUUAAAAAUUGUUUGAUGGUCCUUAAGUCUACCUGGAUAAGUAAAAUAAUGCCUCUUCAUAAUGAAUCUUUACUUGUAUGUUCCCAAAUAUGCAUUGCUGUAAAGGCAGUAGUGGUUAGCAUUACGGCAACUAUCUGUGCAAUAUGGAAUGCAAACGCAUGGCCUGAAAAUUUUUUAAAAAAAAAUAAGUUUAAAAUUUCUCAUUUUCUUGUUAUCGCAACCACAAGCAUACCAGCAAAUGAAAAGGCACAAUAUUAAAGCAAUUAUAUGUGUUUUCCCGGAUGCCUCGCGUUGUACUCGAGUUGAUACUGUUGCGUGACAUGAUGGGCAAACUAAUCGAGUUGAACCAGG